CACAUGUCCGCCGGCAAACGUUCUUGAACUUUCCUCUUCCAAAAAUUCCUAUAUAGCUUGUCAUCAAGGACAUUGCUGUCUCAGUCUUCUACCGCCACCAUAACCAUGUUGCGUGUCGGUUUAUCCUCGUCCGCUCGUCCUUUCUUCCUCGCAAAUUUUGCACGGCAAGCUCGCCAACCAAUUUGGCCUGCAGCUCGUCAAUUCAGCAGCUUCAGGACUAAUGGCGUACUUCAAACGCUCCAGAAGCGCUCCAAUCUGUUUUCCCGAGGAAGCCUAUUGUCAUCCUCGCGCUCCUACAUGUCCGACUCCCCGACAAUUCAGACUUCAAAAGCCUUUUCGUGGCGGAGAUUCGCAUUGACGGCGGCCGGAGUCGCCGGAGCUGUGGUUGUUAUUGAAGGCGUUUUGAAUCGAGAGACUCGUGAUGGGUUGUCAGCCGGAGAGCAGGCCUUGCUGCACGACAGCUUCAAAUACACAGGUGCAGGACUCGUCCUCACUGCCCUCACCGCUAGGGCUAUGUUCAAAUCAGGCUUUGCUGUCCGAGUGAUGACUGCUAAUCCCUGGCUGGUGUUGGGUGUCAGUUUAGUCGGAGGUAUUGGGACUAUGAUGGGCACCAUGUACACAUCGCCAGAAAACACUGUUCAGAAGCACCUCCUCUGGGGGGCUUUCAAUGUAUGCCAAGCUGCCACUCUUAGCCCAAUGUUCUUCUUUUCCCCCGCCAUUCUGUCGAGAGCGGCAUUGUACACUUGCGGAAUUGUUGGUUCGCUCUCUUAUGUCGGGGCUACUGCGACAAACGACAAGUAUCUAAACCUGGGCGGUCCCCUCCUAGCCGGUAUUACUGUUGUCGCACUUAGCUCUUUAGCACCGAUGGCUCUGCCUCUUGGUAUGCGUGGUCUAGCUGUCACCGAAACUAUCUCUCUGUAUGGCGGAUUGGCACUGUUCGGUGCUUUCGUGCUCUACGAUACUCAGAAAAUUCUCCUCCACGCCCGCAUGGUUGAGCAAGGCAGAAUGAUGGUUGAUCCCAUAAAUGAAGCCCUCGGCCUUGAGUUGGACAUGAUCAACAUAUUCAUCCGACUUGUCCAGAUUUUGUCCAUGCAAAAUAACAGAAAAAAGUAAACAAAGGACUCCAUGGAUCCUCAUUGUAUCAUAUUAUCAAAUAUC